AUGAUCUCCAGUUCGCCAGCAGGAUUUACCGGCGCACCAUGGACAAAACGGCUGUGCCUACUUUUUGUAAGUGCUUCCAUUCUCAUUUCCCUGCUCAACAUCCAACCACAGUUCUUGCUGCAGUGGAGUCCCCAGUUAGCUGAAUGGCAGCAGUGGCGACGUAUUCUGCUCAAUCCACUAGUCUGGACAAACCAAGGAAGUGCAAUGAUUGGAGGCUUACUGAUUUAUGAGUGUCGUGGUGUUGAGCGGCAAAUAGGAUCUAGAAGAUUUGCUACAUUUGUUCUCGAAACUGGUGUCCUUAGUAUGCUGGCUAUGCCUGUGCUACUUGCCUUAUUGGCAUUGGUGGGUGUCAAUGUACCUGUUCAAGCCGGACCCCAAGCAAUUGUAGCUGCUUUGGUUUCUUUGUAUCACUCCUUGGUGCCCAAUAUUUACUUUGUCAAACUCGCCGGCGUGGGCACCUGGUCCGACAAGUCCGUGAUGUACUUCCUCCUGCUCGCUAAUUGCACUUCGUGGGGGUAUUUUUUCAAAACUACCACCGGCUGGGUUCUAGCUAAAUUGAUAUAUACAGAUGCCAUCCCUGGGCGGCUGUGGGCUAUUUAA